UUUGUACAAUAGUGUGUUCGGGUGUAUGACAAAGAUGGCUGCGCCCAUGAAAAAGUGUAAACAAUUUUGUGAAAUAUUGAGUAGAAUUGGCAAAUCAAAGACAAACACCUUCUGUUUGAUUAGAAAUUACAAAACAGGAGGUGAGAGUAAAUAUGUAAUUUUUUAAUUGAUACAGUUCAUAAUAUUUUUUUUCGAUUUUUAUUUUUGUUUCGGAUACAACAUGUACUUGAAUACCUGUGACAUGACCUCUAGCAUGUCUUAUUGAAUGAAAGCGACUACAACUGCUGUUUGAACGACUUUCUUUUGAUUGUGAGAAGUAUUGACAAGACUGUGAUUCGAAACCGGGACCCAUCAGCAAGAUAGCCUAGGCAUUCCUGAUUAGAGGCAAUCACAAUAUUCACUGCCACAGCAUGGAGUACACAGGAGUUUUAUCAAUAAAGUCAAUAAAAUUCACACAAUUGACCAAGCCAUGAACUAUGGUUAAUGACAAAAAGAAAUUAACAUGUCUUACGGCGUGACCGUUUUUGAGGGCGAAGCAAAAAGUAUUGGCAUCUGUAUAAUCUAUAUACAUAAGAGGAACUAAAAACAUCACGAAAUCAGCAUCCUCCUAACUUUGAUAGACAUUUGAUCCGCCUAUUCAUUGAAUGCUGGAAACAUAAUUAAACAAUUCAUUAUUGAUGUAAACAGUUCAUUUUGAUGUCAUAUUCAGCGUCGGUGUUUAGCAAAUUCACAAAGAUAGGAAACAUCAGCUGGAAGACAUGGUACAGUUUCGUUAAUCGAGGAGGGAUUAUAUAUGAUUAAGAAAAUAAGAUUUAUAUGUGCUUAAAUAUGGAUUUUGUAUAACAUCUCAGAAAGAUGUUAACUAAUGGGUCCAUGAGAUUCAAAAUGGAGAAAUACAUGUCCACAUGCUCAUAUUUGAAUCUACGCCAAGUUCCAUAGAAUUGAAGAAAUUUUAUGAGAAUGCAACCAUUGUACAGAAUCAAGGUUGGUUUGAAGUAAAUUUGGAUCAAAGGAAACUGCGCACUCCAACAGGAAAUCUAUUUCAAGUUCCUAGUGAACCUUUGGCACUAGCAAUAGCAACAGAAUGGAAUUCACAGAAAGACACAAUAAAACGACAAGCUAUGCACUUGAGUACCCUCAGCAACACGGUGCUCGACAACCCCAUGCAGAGGUCACGUAAGGACAUCAUAAAGGGAAUACUACACUUUCUUGAGACAGAUACAAUAUUAUACAGAACAACAGAACCCCCUGAAUUCGCAGACUUACAGAAAAGAGAAUGGGAGCCAGUUCUGGAGUGGUUGAGGUCCAGUUACCAAGUUGAACUUGAGUCCACGACAUCACUGAUGCCACCCGAGAUACCUGCAAACACGACCCAUGUUAUAUCGCGGAAACUCACCUCACUGAAUGAUUGGGCUUUAGUAGGUUUCCAGUAUGGAGUAGAAAAUCUGAAGUCAAUCAUACUUAUGUUGGGAAUUACUGAUAAACUUUUGACUGUUGAGAAAGCAGUGCAACUUUCUAGACUUGAAACAGUGUUCCAGACAAAGACUUGGGGAAAUGUGGAUUGGCACCAUGAUGCCGAUAUUUAUCAGCUUCAAUCUCGCGUAGCAGCAGCAGCACUCUUUGUACACUGGUGUAGCAAUGAUAUGGCAACCACACAUAAAACAACUUACAGUGACCAGACAUAGUCCAAUCUUUAUACUCUAUUUGAUUAAAUAAUUAAAUUUUAUUAAAUUUG